AUGUCCAAUCUAACGACUCCAGUGGCCGUGGAUUUCUACCAGGACGAGCUGAAACAGUUGUUGCAACAGUUGAUGUGGCAGGCGCAGGUGAAACGUUGCUUGGCGAUCAUCACAGAUGAUCUGCACUCAACGAUCUAUGAUGGGGAAUAUUUCCAGGCAGUGUCGCAACAUCCCAGAGCCUUCUACAUGGUGCGUGUCAAUGACAGCGAGAAUCUGAACAAACCUCCCUCGCAAAUGUUGCACGUGUUGCACGGCAUCAAGUCGAGUGGCUGUGAUUUGCAUGUGAUCACCCUGUUGAACGGUUGGCAGGUGCAACAGUUGAUCAAAUUUGUGUACAACAAUCGUGCGUUGCAUAUGCAACACAAGUUUGUCCUGUUGCACGAUGUCAGACUCUACGAUCACGAGAUGUUGCACAUCUGGAGUGUGUUUGUCAGCACUUUAUUCCUCAGGCGGCAUCAUCAGCAGAAGAGUUUCAGCAUCUCGACCAUUGCCUAUCCGGGCAUUCUGAGCGGUGUCCUUGUGCUGCAACAACUGGCCAACUGGUCGCCUGGCAAACGCUUCAAUAAAAAGCUUCUCUUCAAGGAUAAAACAAGAAAUCUGCUCGGUGCUUCUCUAACUGUGGCCAUUGCCGAGCAUGAGCCAAUGGUGCAUCUAAACAGAUCCACAAAUACAUACGAGGGUGUCGAGGUAAUGAUAAUGGAUGCCUUGGCCAAGACAUUGCACUUUCAGCCCCUUUACUACAGUUUUAAUAAGAGUAAUGCAGUUGAAUGGGAUCAGAUGCUGGAGGAGAACGAGACGCGACUGGAGACGGGACUAAUUGGAGAAGUGGCGCAUCACAAUGCCCGCUUUGGAAUUGGGGAUCUGCAUCUGUUCCAGAGCUAUGUGCAACAUGUGGAGCUAAGUCUGCAGCAUAGCGUGGAGUGUUUGACCUUCCUGACGCCCGAGUCCUCGACGGACAACUCCUGGCAGACCUUCAUCCUGCCCUUUAGCGCCGGAAUGUGGACGGGUGUGAUGAUGUCACUCUUUGUGGUCGGCACCAUCUUCUAUCUCAUCAGCUUUCUCAAUGCCUUGCUCCUGGACAGCAAUCAGGCUUCCACCUUUUUUCACUGCCUCCGACGGAGUCAGGGACGUAGACGGGAGCCAAGAGAUUGGCGACGUUUGAGUUUUCGCAUUGAGCUCGGUCGCUAUCGGGGAUUGGGAGCUGAAGGAACUGGACGGGAACUCUUUGAUGAUUAUGCCAACUGCAUACUGCUCACUUACAGCAUGCUGCUCUAUGUGGCACUGCCCCGCAUGCCACACCAUUGGCCACUGCGUGUUCUCACCGGCUGGUAUUGGAUCUACUGCAUCCUUUUGGUGGCCACCUACAGAGCCAGCUUUACCGCCAUUCUGGCUAAUCCAGCGGCACGGGUGACCAUAGACACACUGCAGGAACUUAAUCGUGCCCGCAUUCCGCCCACUACGGGCGCCAUUGAGAACAUACAAUUCUUUCGAGAAUCCAUCGAUGAUACGGCUCGCGAAGUGGGCGCCAACAUGGAAAUUGUGGAACCCAUCGAGGAUUUGACGGAGAGAAUUGCAAGAGGUCGCUGUGCAUACUAUGACAACGAGUUCUAUCUGCGGUAUCUCCGUGUGGCAAGUGAGGCACGUGGCAUGGGACCGACUGCGCUGCACAUUAUGAAGGAAUGUGUGAUCCAUAUGCCUGUAGUUUUGGCACUAGAGAAGAACUCAGCGCUUAAGCCGCACGUGGAUGAUAUAAUACAGCGUUUAAGUGAGGGCGGAUUCAUUGCCAAGUGGCUGCGGGAUGCGAUCAAGCGUCUGCCGGCAGAGGAACAGGCACCUCAGGAGGCACUAAUGAAUCUGACCAAGUUUUGGAGCUCUUUUGUGGCGCUUGGUAUUGGCUACUUAAUCUCGAUCUGUGCUAUUCUGAUCGAGCAUUGGCAUUUCAGAUAUAUUGUUAUGCAGCACCCACUAUAUGAUGUCUAUAAUCCCAGCAUAUACUACAAUUUCAAACGUCUCUAUCCGGAUGCAUAGAUAAUAAGAAUAACAAGUUUGAAAGCUAUCUAUACAAA